AUGCAGAUUGAGCAACCCAAAACGCAAACCUCCGGCAAAUCUGAAGCCACACCUACGCAACCCCCGCAAUCUGCCCCUCAGGUAGCUAAGUUACCAAAAAUUGAAAUUGAGCCGUUUGAUGGUUCGAUAGCUGAUUGGCCGAACUUUUACGCUUUGUUUAACUCUCUGAUACACAAGAAUCGCUCUCUCUCAAAAUCAGAAAAACUAACUUAUCUACGUAGUCUACUCAAGUCUCACGCUCUCUCUCUAAUAGAAAAUUUAGUUAUUUCUGAAGAAAACUACGAUAUUGCUCUACAUCAGCUCAUUCAGCGGUAUCAAAACAAGCGUCUACUCGCAUCUAAUUAUCUAGAUAAAGUGUUCUCGUUCCGAGCUCUCACAGAAGAUACUGCCAGUUCAUUAACUAGUUUUCUAGAAGUAUUUAAUACCAAUCUCUCCGCUCUCAAGGCCCUUGGCAUAGAUGAUUUGUUCGAUUUUACUAUGCUUCAUGUCGCAUUGCGUACUCUAACUCCAGGUACCCGUAAAGACUUCGAAAGCGAACAGACAGACAAAGAAAUCCCUAAAAUUUCCGACUGUAAGUCCAAAUCGAGAUGUUUCAAGUGUUCUGGUAAACACCAUUCUCUCCUUCAUCGCCAAAGAGAUUCAACUUAUAACAACGUCACCCGUAGUCCUAAGCCAUCCGAUAAUGUUACAUUGCCGUCUACCGACACUGUAGAGAAGACUUGCAGCUUUGCUAACUCGAAAACCUCAUCUAAUAUGCUACUGAGUACAGCAGUCAUUGGAGUUAAAGAUCAUCAUGGUAAACUGUUACCAACAAAGGCUCUUAUAGAUGGAGGAUCUCAAACUAGCUUGAUCACCGAGGAAUGCGCCUCCAAACUAAAUCUAAAAAGAUAUUCUAACAAUGUAAACCUCAUUGGAGUAGCUGAAACAUCCGUUCCCCUCAAUAAAGGAUUAGUUCAUUGCGUUAUCAGUCCACUCGAAAAUGCCAGCAUUGUUCUAACAACAGACGCAAUUGUUGUCCCUAAAAUAUCGUCAGACCAACCAAACAUCCCCAUUGACUCAUCAAUACGCUCAAAGUUUCAUCAUUUAAAACUCGCAGACCCAUCAUUUGACGUAUCAUCCCCUAUUGAAUUCCUUAUAGGAGCGGACUUGUAUUUUGACAUCCUUCAGGAGUCAAGCAACCUAAUUAAAGGAGAACCGUCUGCGAUAGCUACUAUAUUUGGUUGGGUAAUAGGAGGCAAAGUUAUCAACGAAAUUCCAUUGAAUGACCGGUCCUCAAUGUUGAUUUGUAACAACACUCUUGAUGCUCAUCUAACCAAAUUCUGGGAGAUAGAAUCUGUCAACAAUGUAGUAAGACCCAAUCCUGAAGAUGAAGCCACAGAAGAAAGCUUUAUAAAAACUCACAGAAGAGACACUAAUGGAAGAUACAUUGUGUCCCUCCCAACUAAGCCUGAAGCUCCAUCACUCCCUGAUACUAGGGAUAGCGCUCAAAGACAGCUGGUGACUCUAGAGCAAAGACUAAAACGCAAUCAAGAGACGUAUGAAGAAUAUAGAAGCUUCAUGGACGACUAUAUAUCUCAGGGACAUAUGAGUCUUUGUUUAGAACCAUCCAACUACAUAAUUCCUCAUCAUUGUGUUCGCAAAGAGGACAGUUCUACAACUAAACUAAGGACAGUAUUCAACGCUUCAUUCAAACCUAGUGGAUCUAGUUCGUCCCUAAACGAUAUAUUGUACAGUGGUCCAAAACUACAGAAGGAUAUCGCAGAGAUAAUAACCAAUUUCCGAUUGCAUUCUAUCGUCGUUUGUGCAGAUAUCAAACAAAUGUACAGAAACGUGCUAGUAACAGAAGAACAUCGCAAACUACAGCACAUAUACUAUCGAACUCAUCGAGAUGGUCCCAUAGAAGAAUACGAACUCAACGUCUUAACAUAUGGCGUAACAUCAAGUGCAUUUUUAGCUCAAAGAGUUUUGCUACAGCUAGUACAAGACGAAGGUCAGAAGUAUCCCCUAGCAUCUAAAGCCAUUACAAACCAAACUUUUGUAGAUGACAUCUGCGUCAGUGUUGACACUAUUGACGAAGCUCUAACAUUGCAACAAGAACUUAUAGACCUACUGAACCUAGGAGGAUUUUCGUUGCGCAAAUGGGCUAGCAACUGUAAGGACGUACUAGCCACCGUACCUUUAGAUCAUCGAGAAAAGCCUCUAAGCAUCAGUUCAGAAAAUGAAAAUUAUAUGAAAGUUUUAGGUUUGCAGUAUAACCCAGAUGACGAUACAUUCUCGUACAUAAUUCAUCUCAAUCCCCUAGUGUACACAAAACGCUCAAUGUUAAGUGAGAUGUCCAAAAUCUACGACAUUUUAGGUUGGAUUACUCCGUGCACAUUCUAUGUGAAAAUUCUUAUGCAAAGCAUUUGGUUGCUAGGAUUAGGAUGGGAUGACGAACUUCCUACUGAGAUCUGUAAUAAAUGGGAAACAUUCAUCUCUACUCUUCCAGAACUGGCUCACCUAAAGAUUCCGAGACACAUACCCAUUGUUAAUGCCACUAACAUUCAGAUCAUAGGAUUCUGCGAUGCAUCAGCGAAGGGAUAUGCCGCCAAUUUUCUUCACGUCUCGCAACACUUAUAUGUGAUCACUAUCACAUCCUCUCUUUACAUGGAGGUCCACGGCUCACUCAGUCUUUGA